AUGUCACUUUUGGAUGAGUCUGAUAACAGUGUUUCUAUGUUGGGGAUUCAUGGAGCUGGUGGAAUUGGUAAAACAACCCUUGCAAAAGCCAUCUAUAACUCAAUCUUCUUCUAUUUUGAAGGUGCUUGUUUUUUAUUUGAUGUCAGAGAAGCGUCAAAGAAAUAUCAGGGUGUUGUCCGCCUUCAACAAACACUUCUAUCAGAAGUUCUUGAGGAAAGGAAGAUGAAGUUUGGUAGUGUUGAUGAAGGAAUAUCAAAAAUAAAGCAUAGACUCUCUCACAAAAAGAUUUUGUUGAUUCUUGAUGACGUUGAAGAAGUUGAACAGUUAGAACAACUUGCAGGAGGGGCUGAUUGGUUUGGUUGUGGAAGCAAGAUCAUCAUAACAACAAGAAACAAGCAAUUGCUAGUUGCACACGAUCUUAAAAAAACAUAUGAAAUGAAAGAGCUGAAUGAGCAUGACUCUCUUAAACUGUUUUGUUGGCAUGCCUUUCGAAUGAGCCACCCUCCAAAAAGCUACAAAAGUAUGUCAAUUGGUGUUACAGAUUAUGGAGGAAAUGAUAUUGAAGGGAUAAUCCUUGAUCCACCUAAACAAGAAGAAGUGAUAUGGAAUGGUUUGGCCUUUCAGAAGAUGAAUAAUCUUCAAAUUCUCAUUGUUCGAAAUACCCAAUUCUUAACAAGUCCCAAGUAUCUUCCUAAUAGUUUGAGAUUGCUUGAUUGGGAGAGAUAUCCUUCUAUGACAUUACCACCAGAUUUUUCUCCUCCAAAACUAGUUUGCUUCAAGUUAUAUAGAAGUCUUUUCAAAUUGGAAGAGCCAUUCCAGAAGUUGAAUAUGUGA